AGCCCCUCCCCAUGGACAGCAGCGCCUUCGCCUUCACCUCCUUUGGCGGCGUCCCGGCGGUGGAGUUCUCUUUCGUAGAGGACUCGCGCCCGUACCCCUUCCUCAACACCAUGCUGGACACCUACGACCACCUGAACCGGGCGCUGCAGGGCCGCCUGCCGGCCGUGGCCAAGACGGUGGCCGAAGUGGUCGGCCACCUCCUCCUCAAGCUGACCCACGACCACCUCCUGCCCCUGGACUACUGGUGCUACGGCGACGUCCUCCUGGCGCAGAUUGCCCGCUUCAACCACUUCAACGCCCAGCUGAAGGUGGGAGCCCCUCCCCGCCUUCCCCGCCCCCCCCUCCCGCCGUCCUGGGACUUUAGCCCGUUUGCACCGGUUCAGGCCAACCG